GGUCGCCGCGCCUGCCUGGACUGCGCACUGAGCGAGCGCUUGUGUCACUUGGUGUCUGGCGGGUGGCGAGUUCGUGUCACCGGUAACAUGAAGAUCUGGACCUCGGAGCACGUGUUCGACCACCCAUGGGAAACUGUCACAACAGCCGCUAUGCAGAAGUACCCUAACCCCAUGAACCCGAACGUGGUUGGCGUGGACGUACUAAACAGACAUGUAGAUGGCAGUGGGAAGCUACACAGUGACCGGCUUCUCAGCACCGAAUGGGGCAUGCCUAGCCUUGUCAAAUCCAUAAUCGGGGCAUCAAGGACGAAGACCUACAUUCAGGAACACUCGGUGGUGGAUCCUGCGGCGAAAACAUUGGAACUGAAGUCCACUAAUAUCACCUUCACACACAUGAUAUCUGUGGACGAAAGACUAGUCUACAAGCCACAUCCCCAGGAUGACAAAAAAACUGUCCUAACGCAAGAAGCAAUCAUAAGCGUAAAAGGAGUCAGUCUGAGCAGCUAUUUGGAGGGAAUGAUGGCAAACACUAUAUCCAGCAAUGCUAACAAGGGCCGAGACGCCAUGGAAUGGGUCAUCAGCAAACUAAACAGCGAACUAGAGGAUCUGAAGGCAACAACCAGAGGAGGCAUCAGGACGACCAUAGCUGCUGCAGCCUAUGUAGAGGAAUGAUCCUUCCACCUCCGCGUCACUAGGUGUUAUACUGGAAAGGCUGCAGCGUCUCUCCGUGCACAGAAUUUAUUUAUUCUUAUUUAAGAAUGUAUUUUUAUUAAGUAGGAUUUUUUUUCAAAUUGAAGCUUGGAGAGAAGUGGCAGCGAUGUGGGAACAAGAAAAGCCGGGGACCAGGCUGUGAAGUGACCAUUCAUAACUGUAGCACGGCCUCUUCCUAAUAAACCCAUUUUCUAGCGUCAGCGCAGUUGUGACCUUCUCAUACCAGCUUGGGACCAAGGGCUGUUUCAAACCAGCACCUCUCGCUGAAGCACCCGCAGUCUUACUGGGCAGAGAUGCACUGCUCUACAAUAACUUCUGAGGAUGUUAUGGCCAUUAGCAA